AUGUCCGCAAGCCAGCCAGAAAUGGCCCAGACGGCCACGGGAGGCGUGCAAAUCGCCUCCCCGUCGCCAGAGACUCGACAGAUCAUCAGACAAAUGAACGCUGCAUACGACUGGACUGGUCCAGACGAUCCGGAUAAUCCCCGAAAUUUCCCUUUGGCCGUGCGCGUCUUCAGCAUCGCUGCGAUUACAUCGCUGGCCUUCGUGGCUACAUUUGCGGGUGCGUUGUACGCGCCGGCGCAAGAAGCUGUGAUGGACGCGUUCCAUUGCGCCUCCGAGGUUGCCAUGCUGCCUCUAUCCCUGUACAAUCUGGGACUGGCAUUUGGACCGCUUGUGGGAGCUCCUCUCUCCGAGACGUACGGGAGAAAAGCAGUUUAUCUGGUCACUACGCCUGUUUUCGCUGUGUUCAUGUUGGGCGCUGGCUUUGCGCGGAAUAUCACCACUCUGUGCGUGUGUCGCUUUUUCGCAGCUAUGUUUGCGUCGCCAAACAUCAACAAUGCUUCUGCGACUAUCCUUGACUUCACCGCGGCGCACCACCGUGGUGUCAGUCUGGGUAUCUACUACUCGCUGCCGUCGUUUGGCGCGUCGCUGGCUCCCCUUGUCGGGGGUUUCGUGAUGAAGACCAACAACUGGCGAUGGACGCAGUGGAUUGCUGUCAUUGUAUCCAUCGCCUUCUAUAUACCGGUCUUGUUUACCAAGGAGUCGUAUAAGAAGGUCAUUCUCCGUCGCCGCGCGAUCAGGAUGGGCGUGUCGGAUUCUUCGUCUCAGCAGACAUCCCCGAUGAGAGCACUUCGAUAUUUCCUCACGACACUCAUUCUGCGGCCGCUACAUAUGCUAGCCACCGAGCCGAUAGUCACCUUCGUCAGUCUGUAUAAUGGCUUACUCUUUGGCCUUCUGUACGCCUUUGUGACGUCCAUCCCGUGGAUCUUCAGAACCUACUAUGGCUUCGGUCAGACGGGCCAGUCGCUCUCCUACCUCGGCGUGACCCUUGGAACAAUUCUCGCUUGUGUUCCGUUCGUCUUCAUCGACCGGUCCCUCUACCAGAAACGCCUCCGCGAGUGGCGCCAGACGCACGACAAUACUGAGCCCCUGCCGCCUGAGAACCGUCUCGUCCCUGCGAUGGUUGGCUGCUUCCCAUUACCGGCCAGUCUUCUUCUCGCAGGCUGGAUGGCAGAGCAUCGAGUGCAAUGGAUUGUACCCAUACUCUUCCAAGGCAUUGCGAUGAUGAGUUCCUUGCUCGUUUAUGCCGGCGCAAAUCUCUUCAUGCUUGACACCUACGGCCCACUUCACGGUGCUUCAGCGUCUGGGGCGAUGAUGCUGAGCAGGUACUUGAUGAGUUUUGCGUUUCCGAUGUUCACGUUACAGAUGUUUGAGGCGCUGGGCGCGGGUUGGGCGUUGAGUGUCCUAGCCCUCAUGACCUUCUUGAUGGCUCCCAUACCCUGGUGUUUCUGGGUCUUUGGUGAACGGCUGAGGAGCAAGAGUAAAUAUGAGACGAGUGCCUGA